AGCACCACCACCAAUGGAUCCAAAACAUUCAAGGGGCUGCGAGGAGAUCGUGUGUUAUGGGAUUUACACGAAAGCAGAGAUGUCUUCAGAUCCAUGUGGCACAUCCCUGCACUGAUAUGGGAAUCAACAAAGAAGGAGUUGGGAGCAGUAAAGGCGGGAUCUGGAGUCCAGGGGGAGUGCAAUGCAGUUAGUGCUGCAGGAGUGACGGUUUCUGCAAGGUCGGGGGAGACUGAUUGGGAAACCGCACACAGGCGUCUAGGGCAUGUGGCUAUGCCAUUGCUGCAGCAACUGCAUAAGGAAGAAGCAGUAAAGGGGCUGAAGCUUUCUGGGCAACCAAAUGAUACCAAGUGCGAGACGUGUCUGCUGAGCAAGUUCACACGGUUCCCCUUUCACGGCGUAGCUGGGAAAAGCAAGGCAGCACUGGAACUGGUGCACAUGGACCUGGUAGGACCUUUUCCAGUUCGAGGAAGUAAGGGGGAAAGGUACUUCCUGACAAUAGUUGAUGACUGGAGUCGGCUAAUGUGGGCAUACCCGUUGAAGCAGAAGGAUCAUGCUGCCUCAACAAUACGAGAUGACUGGCUGCCGUUCGUCGAGCGACAAUCUGGGCACCCAUGCAAGAGCAUCAGAACCGACCGAGGUGGAGAGUUUCUAGGAGGAGAUCUGACCGCGUGGCUCAAGAAACAAGGCAUUGAGCAUCAGCUAACGACGUCCUAUACCCCUCAGUCAAAUGGCGUUGCUGAGAGGGCUAAUAGGACCAUCCUGGAAACUGCGCGAGCGCUGCUGAUCGAAUCAGGGCUGGGGAACUCCAUGUGGCCUCAUGCGGUGAGGCAUGCUACAGUGGCAAGGAACCGCGUACUCACAAAGGUGGCUGAUGAUAUGUGGGUGCCGCUGGAGAGGUGGCUUGGAAAGAAGCCUCCAGUGGACAUGCUCAGAGUGUUCGGAUGCAUGGCAGUGGCGCAUGUCCCUAAACCGUACAGGACAAAGCUUGGAGCAUCUGCACUGUGGUGUGUGCACCUUGGACUUGCGGCAGAAAGCAAGGGGUGGCUACUCUGGGAGCCCUCGAAGAAUGUGCUGUUUGACAGUCGGGAUGUCAAAUUUGUGGAGAACAUCAUGUAUGGCAAGUGGGAGAAGCAGCCGGAGGCAAGGGUCACCCAGCAGCUGGAAGAGAUCACUAUGCACUUCGAUUUGUCCGAACCUGAGGACAGCGAAGUCACUGCGCCAACGGCAAGCGGUACUGAUGAAGGAAGCAAUGAGGAUAUUGCAGCUGAUGCUGAAGUCAAGGAUCCGGAGCAGCAGCAGCAAGAGGCUUCCAAAAUACCAAGUCUGCCAAAGCGAAGGAAACAGAUUGGUGGGGGGACAAAGGAUUGGGUGAAGCAGCAGUGACAAGGGGAUCGAUGGGGUGCAGCGGAAGCUCACAGAGCAGUUCAAGUGCAAGUCACUUGGAGAGGCAAGGUACUACCUGGGAAUGCACAUUGAGCGGGAUACUGAACGUGGCUGGCUCAAGCUGCAUCAGGGACAGUACAUCAACACCUUGGCUGAGAAGUACUCUCUGCAGGAAGAACGGGAAGUGGUUACACCUUUGCCUUCCGAGUUCAAACUCAUAAAGGCAGCUGAAGGAG